AUGGCUUGUCUCAUUCAAUCACUUGGAUGCUUAUAUUCUCCACCUCUCGCAGGCACUUGGCUUCCAAGUCAGGUUAGAGGAAACGCCACAUUAUGUUCAUUCUCCGGAAAGUCGUUGUGCAGUAAUCUCCAGUGUAUGCUCGUCAAAGCAGCAGGGACGUGUGUGUGCAUAGUUACUACCAUACCUGAUCCCGAGUUCGUCGCUGAUAUUGGAAAUAAAACAGUGCCAGCAGGACGUAACGUUAAAUUAGACUGCAGCGUCAAGGAUCUGGGACUGUACAAGGUGGCCUGGAUGCUUUUCGACAAGGGCGCUAUCCUGACGGUGCAACAUCAUGUUAUUACCAGGAACCCCAGGAUAUCGGUGUCGCACGAUAAGCACAGGACCUGGUCCCUACAUAUCAAAGAGGUACAAGAGGACGACGAGGGAAAGUACAUGUGUCAGAUUAAUACGGCGACCGCGAAAACACAGUACGGCUAUCUCCACGUUGUCGUGCCACCAAACAUAGAAGACUUCCAGACCUCGUCGGAUGCCGUUGUGCGAGAAAAUGCGAACGUUAGUUUGACAUGUAAAGCGACCGGAAGACCGAAACCGUCUAUAAUCUGGAAGAGGGACGACGGUUCCAUGAUAAACAUUAAUAAGACGCUCUCUGUGCUGGAGUGGCCAGGCGAAACGCUAGAAAUGACGCGCAUCUCCAGACUUGACAUGGGUGUUUACUUGUGCAUCGCGACUAACGGCGUGCCUCCAAGUGUGAGCAAGCAGAUCAAAGUCUCCGUUGACUGUGAGUACAUUCUUAACUACUGCCAACACUGCGCCGAAAUUGUCCUUACGAGACGGCAAACAAGUCGAAUAACUCGGGACCCUUCAACGCUGAAUGUACACGAGCGGUUUGCGGCGAAACGUCUUGGCGACGUUUUAGAAUAA